AUGCCAGCGUUGCCUUUCGACGUCGACGCUCACAGGUUCCUCAUAAUGUCAACAAUUCAAAAGUUCGGAUACUCGUGUUGUGCUGCUCUGCUAGCGCUCCUGGUGUUUUAUAAAAGUGGUCCAUGGCUGAAAUGGCCAAAGCAGGGAAAGUCGCGUCGAAUUGAACGCCAAAUUCUUCGAUUGUCACAGCUUCCCCCCGAGAUUCUCGUCGAAAUCGUGAAACACAUCGAAUGGAACGAUGUUUUAUCUGUCCGAAGGUGUUGCCGUACCCUCCACUCGGUAUCGAAAGAUAGGGAGGUCUGGCUGUCGCUGCUGAGAAGAUACUGCGACACCGUCAUUCCCCGACCGUUCUUCCUGUCCAAGCCGGUGGAACUGUGCUCGGGUGAUGACCUUGAGGCUCGCGUCGUCCAAUGGUGGACUGGGUGGGGGGGACUGCAAUCCACAGUGCAGACGUUCACUGCGGAUGACAGCAUUCCGGACAUUUGGGGGCCGCUCUGCCCAUUACCGGGAGACCGAUACUUUCUUUACAAAACAAAGGACGGUUCCAUCUACUACUGUAAUCCGGGCCAGCCAGAUUCCCCUAUGCAUCUCCUCUUACCCUCCCCUUAUCCCAAAGACCCAUGCGUCAGCGUCUGCGUGGCAAUAGACGUUAUAGGCACACAAAAUAUUGAUCCGGCGUCAUCCUUGCCCUCCGCCUCCUCUUUCGAACACCGACUCUUCCCCCCAGUUUUCAGGCUUGCAGCAAUUCGAAGGUCAACGGUCGAGAUCUGGGAGAUUAGGCCAGAGGUGCAAGGAGAGACCAUUGUCUAUUCGGCCCGCCUUCUCAAGUCAUUCGUCGACAAUAUCCGGACGACAUGUUGUUCAUUGCUCGGGGACCAUGUUGCGUAUGGCUUGCGUUCACUCGGUAGAACCAAAAUCGUCGACUGGACAGCGGUCGCUGACGAAAGACCUGUCGUGGGUGCUCAAAUAGCACUCUCGUCGCCCUUAUACAUCCUUUUGCUCCCCCGUGGAAGAAUUCUAGUCCACUCGUCUUAUAUCCACAUUGCCGACUGGAACGCAUGUCGCCAGCUCGAUUCGUCACCCAUUCGUCCGCAGUGGAAGUCCACCGACGAGUUUCGCCGCCUCCAUCCCUACUCCCACCCAUUUUAUAUCGACAACUCCUUUCGACUUCUUGGGUGCAGUCGAGCCGGUCGUGCCCUCACCGGAGUGAUUAUCAAAGACUCGGAUGUGUCGGUCUCGGAUAGCGUCGCCAUUGCGAAACUUGCAGAGUCAACGUGCCCAGCUCCUCUGCUAUAA